GUCCUCGGCGCAGUAGGCGAAAGGCACCUGGUUGCUGGUACAAAAUGCCAUUGCCCAAUAACCAGAUUGCAGACUGCAGCGACCAGGCCCAUAUCUUUAUCAGCGACCGUCGAAUCAACCCGGACGGAACGCAGGACACGAGGCCCUUUGACACAGUCGUUAACGACGGUCUGCUGCCUGGGUUCAACAUCCUCGACGCCAUUCAUCCACUAUCACAGACAAUUCUACACGAGUGGGUCCAUGUAGCCGGUGGUUUGGAGGACCCGUCGGGCCGGGCCGGGGGCAGAGCCGUGAUCACAGACGGGCCUAGUAAUGGCGUCUAUGGAUACGGAGCGUGCCUUGAUGCCAGCUACGAUCAGUUUAAGUUUGGGUGGCCAUCAACAACUCUAUUUGCUGACCAGUACGUGCUUUUGGCUAAGAGUUAG